AGUCGAAAUUGUAGUUACGGAUUGACUCUGGUUUGCCGUUUUAUUCAGUUCUCUCUUCAAAACGCAAAUCUUAUCACAGUUCAGGCCUUAAGCUCGGCGUAUUUACAUCUGAUUUAUCGGGAUUUUGUUUGUUGAAAUGGAAAUAAAUGAGUGUAAGAGAGAAGAGGAUGUGAAAAUGGAGGAAAGUGAAGAGACCGUUGUUUAUAUGUGGGGCUAUUUACCGGGAAUUUCGCCUGAGAAAUCGCCGAUUCUUUCUCCAAUUCCGGUCCGAUUGCAUGGCGACGAUGCGUGGAAGGAUGUUUGCGGCGGUGGCUGCGGGUUUGCUCUUGCCAUUUCAAAGUGUGGAAAGCUGAUAACAUGGGGAUCAACAGAUGAUGAAGGUCAAAGUUAUGUGACUUCAGGAAAGCAUGGGGAAACGCCGGAACCUUUUCUUCUUCCAACUGAAGCUUCGGUAGUGGACGCUGCUGCUGGUUGGGCUCAUUGUGUUUCAGUUACAGAUUCGGGUGAAGUAUACACAUGGGGUUGGAAAGAGUGUGUUCCCUUAGCAAAAGUACCUCUUGAUUUAACUACUGGUGGAAAUUCUCAGAAGGAUGUUAUCGGGAAACAAAGUGGUCCUCUUACUGAGCAAGUUAGCACAAGGUCUCAAGGUUUGAAUGUAAAUGGUGGUGCAGUGUCUCAUUUUGAUAACAAAAAGGCUGGGGAAGAAGUUGUAAAGCGAAGAAAAACAUCAUCUCCUAGAGAAGAAUCUGAAAGUUCAACAAGUGAUGAUUUUUUUACUGUGUCCCCUUCUCCUGUAACACUUGAUCCUGGAGUGAAGAUCACAAUGGUUGCUGCUGGUGGACGCCACACUUUAGUAUUAUCAGUUUCAGAUAUGGGACAGGUGUGGGGUUGGGGCUACGGAGGUGAAGGACAGCUAGGUUUGGGUUCCCGGAUAAAAAUGGUGUCAACUCCUCAUCUCAUACCUUGCAUUGAGUCAGCGGCUUCUGGAAAAGAUAGAUCCUUAGUUGUUCGUCAAGGAAGCACAAACUCGUCAGUGCAAGUUUCCAAGGUCGCCGGAAGUUUUGUGAAAGGGAUUGCAUGCGGAGGUCGGCAUAGUGCCCUAAUAACAGAUACUGGAGCUCUGCUUACUUUUGGAUGGGGACUAUACGGACAGUGUGGGCAUGGAAGCACAAAUGAUCUGUUGAGGCCAACUUGUGUGUCUUCUUUAACUGGUAUUAAAGUGGAGAGGAUUGCUGCUGGACUGUGGCAUACCUUGUGUAUCUCAGUUGAAGGUCAUGUAUAUGUCUUUGGUGGAAACCAGUUUGGACAGUUGGGCACUGGUGCUGACCAAGCUGAGACUAUACCGAAGCUGUUGGAUGCUUCAGUCUUGCAAAGUAAGCGUGCAAAAGUAGUUUCUUGUGGGGCUCGUCAUAGUGCCGUGCUGACAGAGGACGGCCAAUUGCUCAGCUGGGGGUGGAACAAGUAUGGCCAGCUGGGUCUGGGUGAUUCAAUAGAUCGCAACAUUCCGUCUCCGGUACCCAUGGAAGGUUUUCUGCCACAAAAUGUUGCGUGUGGUUGGUGGCACACACUAUUGCUGGGUAGAACACAGCUCUGAUUUCCUAACCUCGGAAACACCGAGAUGACAGUUUUGCUAGGAUAGUUAGCUUCCUGACUAUUCUGUUGAUUUUAUUUAUGCGUCUUGUCUUUUCAUGUGCAUGCAUGGAAGCAGCAUGUGUUUGUUAGUUCUGUACUGUAGCUUUACUUAAAGACCGCAGUGGAAAUUUGAUUACUCUUUACACAUGAUAAAACUUGUAUUAAUACAAUAGAUGUCCAUUAGAUUUGGCAAUCCAAAUUUUAGCAAUUCAAAGA